AUGUUCUGGCUGCUGCUUCUCCUUCCUUCCGUGAUUGGCGCCAGUCUUUGUGGUGAAUGUCUGAACGGAGGCGAAUGUCUUCAAAAUCGAACGGAUCCAUCGCAAUUCUAUUGUCGGUGAGUUCCUUUUUCUUGUUUUGUUUGAUUUUCAGGGUGAUCUAUCCGAACUGACAUCGGAUUUGGGGUUAAUUUUGCGGUAAAUAAAAAUUUUGAUGGUUAUGGUAGUAUAGAGUAAAUUUCGACGUGAAAUUGGAAUUGAUUAUGGGUGAUUUUGUGCGUAAAUGGUAGCUGGUGGCAUGACCUUUGAUUUGAAAGUAACUGCCGAGCAGUUUCGUUUUCUUAUCAUGCAGAAUUUUUGAUUUUUUGGACCAGACACCUGAAAUUUAUAUUUUAGGUAAAAUGAAGAUUAUUUGUGGUUGUAUCUGCUCAUAUUUUUGAACAAAUAGCUUGUGGAUAAAGCUCUGACUGUUUCUUUAACAAAAAUGGUGUUUUUCUUUGCGAUGCUAUGUUGUUUUAGCCAAAAGGAUGGGUAAUGUCAAAACUGUUGCUAAACCUAUAAACUGAUGGCUUGAUUAAGUAAAAUAAGGACUAAAUAGCAGGGAAUACACCUUUUAUAACGUGUUGAUUAGAAUUUAUGUUUGUUUGGCAAAGUUUUUAUAUUACACUAGGCGCAAACCCAAGAAAAUCCAAUAACCUUCCCAAGUCGGAUCCUAUAUCCCAUGAAACAGUAAAUUAUCGGAUGGGCAUGGAUAUUGCGGGCUUAAUCCGACCGUUUUGUUGCGCUUUCGAUAAUUUAUGGGCCCUUUUAUGUUGAUGUUUCUCAGAUUAGCGGUUCCUCUUUAUAGGAAUUUUAUAAGAGACUUCCGAUUAAUCCGAUCGUAGAAGUAUACUUUUAUGGCCAUUACAAGCGAUUUUGAUGGUAUUUGCUGAAGUUUUAGAUUAUUUUUUUAUUAAGGUAGCUUGUGUAAUGUCAGGAAGUACAAAAAAGUGAAGGUAAAAUACGGUGUUGACGUUUAUUCCGUGAAUAUUAGUUCAGAAAUUAAAGUAAAUUGGAGAUUUCUUUAGUAAAUAUCAGAUGACGGCCAAACCAACCUAAAAUAAGGUGAAAUGAAGAAGGAACGAAAGAAAACAAAUUAAAGCCCAAUUGAGCCAUCUUUUUAUGGCAACAGGUGAUUGCGCAACAGAGAGGAGUCCGACUCGUUCCCAGCACACUAAAAUUCUUUGCGCCAAUUUUAAUGGGCCCGAAAUGAAUCGUCGCGCGAAUUGAUAAAAAAUUCAUGGCUUUCCCAUGUUGAUAAUGACAAAUUAAUUGGGGUAAUGGAAUGAAAUUAAUGGACUGGAAGGAUUUGACAAGUUUAAGAUGAGUUUUGAAUGAAUCUUUGGUUGUUUUUGGUUCUUUACUGACUCGUUUUGAACCCAUAGGGGAGUCAUCAAAUCAGUAUUUGAUGGCUUCCCUGAGGGCUUCAUUAAGGGUAAGUUAAGAUCUGACAACACUGAAGAUUCAUUCAAAAAGGUCCAGGUGUCGCUGUGAUUGUCAUAGAACGGUGUGAAAGCCUAUGAGCAAUACAGCAUGAAACCCUUCUUCCCGUCAACACAGGAUUUGACCCUCAGGCAAUAAUUUUGCCACUGAAAAAUCGAUUUUUCCCCUGACAUUGAUGAUUGAGGACUUUUGAGUUUGUUUCAUUUAGGAGAGUAUAUUGGUUUAGACAAACUUUACCUUUCGGCAUGCCGAAAAUGAUUUGUUCAAACGAUUAGGCACUCGUUUUUUUGUUUGCAAAGUCCGAAAAUUUGCGCUUGCAAGGAAGAAAGGAAAUAAGUUUAUGACCGGAUAUAUUUUGGAGGAAUCUCAAAUCUCACGAUACAUGAUUUAAGUUUGGGUAAAAUACGUUUCCAUGUGUUAUUCUUUCAUAAAUUCCCGAUUUCGUCGGUCAUGAUAGUAUCAGAAAUUUUCCUGUCUUGCAAAAUGCGUACGUUACCCAAGGUAUUCUCACGCAACAGCCACUUUUCCACUAAUCUUACCCUUGUGAACUGCCCAUCUUUUUAUUGAAUUACCGCAAUUGGCCUUGCAACGAGCCGCAUUGCCGGCUUAAUUGGCGGCGAAAUGGCUCUUUGUCCCGGGCUAUGGGCGUUUAGGCGAUUAGAAUUUAAGUGGAUUAACAAGAAAAAUGAUCUUUUUCUAGGCAUGAGAAAGCGAAAAUAGCAAAGAUAUUGAGCCAAAAAAUCAUAUACUAUGGUAAUAUAGAAUAGAGAAGAGAUUGAGUAAAGGAAGAUGGACGGUAAUUACCGCCCAUGGCGACAUUAUUUUGGACAACCUUGAACCAAAAUAAUGUCGUUUUUUGGUGGCGUAAUCGCUUGACAGCAGGAAGUGUGGCGAAAAAUGAUUGGCAGAGCAAUGAAUGCCUGAUAUGAUGCGAUUAUGUCAUGGCUUUAAGGUGUUAAAAGUGUAAAGAUACCCAAAAUAUUGAGGAUUAGGUGAUGUAAUUUGAUAAAAACAGCUAAAACAUUGAGGAAACAAGUGGGAUGGGGCUGAAAAUGAAGAUAAUGCAACGUGAUGCAACUGACAAGCGAUGGAGAUGGGUUAAAAUGGGGUGGAAUAAUGUGAAAUUCAGCGAAAAAUAGUUAUAAUUACUGCCUAAAGUGUUAGGUCGUCCAGAAAGUUCGUUCGUUUUUUUCAUUGCUUUGUUUUACGAGGAUCGUUUGUUGUUUGGCAAAGCAUAUAUAUUUAUUUUAUACAGCCAGUUUUGUAGAGUAGAAAAGGCUGUAUCAAAUAAAUAUAUUCCAUUUGCCAAAGAACAAACAAUCCUUGUAAAACAAAGCAAAGAAAAAACGAACGAACUUUCUGGACGACCUAAUAAUACAAUUUUUGUCAAUUUUGACGACAAUUUUAAGAAAAAAUUCUUCCAGAUGUCCCAUUGGGUACUUUGGAGAGCAAUGUGAAGUGUUGGAUUACUGCAAGAACUCUGGAUUCACCUCUCCCGGCAUCAACCCAUGCGCCAAUGGGGGAGAGUGCAAAAAUGUUACUGGCGGCUUUGAAUGCAAGUGCAUGGAUGUGUUCAAAGGUAAUCUAUAGCGAGUAUGAUCUCUAGAAAGUAGUAGGAUAGUAUUUGAACGUUUUGGAAGAUCAGAAAAUACAGUUCUGACCUCAUUUUAGGUUCAAAAUCAUUGAUUUUGGCGUAAAGUUCUAUUUUUUUCGAGUUCCAGGUCACAGAUGCGAAGAGGACGUGGAUGAAUGCGAGAAUGAGAAUGUAUGUCUGAAUGAUGGUGUUUGUGAGAAUCGUCACGGCUCUUUUCGUUGCAUUUGCCCCAAUGGUUUGACCGGGAAACACUGUGAAAUUAAUAUUGACGAUUGUGCCGAAAAUCCAUGUCAAAAUGGAGCCAAAUGUAUUGACGGAGUUGACACAUUUACUUGUGAAUGCCCCAAGGGAUAUAUUGGUGAGUUUUGGGGAGUUUUUGAGGGGGAAAUUUUGAGAUUUUGGGGAAAUUUUGGAAUUUUUGCCUUGAUUUUGAUUUUUUGAUAUUGAAAUGAGAAUUUUGGCAUCUAUGAUGACUGUAGACUAAUCUGUAGGUAAUUUGAGGGAUUAUUACCUAAGGGGGUGUUCAAAUUUCUAAAAAUUUUUGAGUUUUUUGGCCGAAAUUUUAGAUUUUUUGCGAUUUUUUUGGAUUUUUUGCAAAUUUUUGGGGAAAAAGUUACAGUAUGACUGUCACAUCCCCUAAAAUGACUCACCACACAAUUUCAGGCCAGACCUGCGACCGGCUGGACGAGUGCUUCCACAACAAUCCAUGCGUCAACGGGAAUUGCACCUUGAAUUCGAAGGGACUCCCCCGCUGCGAAUGCGGCAACGAAUUCACCGGCGACCACUGCGAAACCGACGUCGACGAAUGCCUCUGGAACCCGUGCGGCGGACGAGGACAGUGUCAGAAUACGCUCGGCUCGUUCAAGUGCCAUUGUUUCGCCGGCUUCGAGGGAGAGCGAUGCGAUAAGGACAUUGACUACUGCAGGGUGGAAAGAUGUGUGAAUGGAGGCAGUUGCAUCAGUCAGAAGCACGGAUACCUCUGCAGUUGUGUUGUGGGUAAGUGGGUUUUUGGGGUGUUGUGGGAUUUGGAGGAGUUUUUAAACUUUUAAAAAAGGUUUGAUGGGAUUGGUAGGGCGCAGCCUGCGGAUUUUAAAAAGCUUGAAAAUGGAGCCCAAAAAAUUGAAGAAAGUUUUGUUGGACUCUAUAUGGUAUUUUCUGUAGUUUAGAACCAGUUUUGUCGUAUUUUACGGAGAUUUUGAUGAAGCCUGGGCGCAGCUCGCCAAGUAAAAAAAUUGGAAUAAGUUGAAUUUUUGGGUUUUUUGAAGUUUAAAACGGAUUUUAAAGAGAUAUAAAAUGGAUUUGGGGAAGAUUUGAAAUAUUUUUUUAUUUUUUAGUCUAGGGCGCAGUUCGCGAAAAUUAUUUUUUUUUGAAUUUUCAAAGUAUGAUGCUUUGGUUGUUUCAGGUUUCUCAGGAACGCACUGUGAACACAGAGACGACCAAAAUUGCAAACUCCCAUGUGAAAACGGAGGCCGCUGCCACAACGAAACUCAUUGCGAAUGCCCCAACAGCUUCAAAGGCCAAUUCUGUGAAAUUGAGAAGCCGGAUCCAUGUGGCGGCAACCCAUGUGUCAACGGAGGAGUCUGUCUGAACAAUCGGGACUAUAAGUAAGUCGAAUUUGCGGUUUGGGUUACUGUAAUUUUAGAUUUUUUGAAAAAUUGUAACUUUUUUUGGAUUACUGUAAUUUUUUGACUAAUUUUGGAAAAUUUUCAGCGAUUUUGUAUGUCGAUGCCCUAAGGGCUUUAGCGGAAAAUUCUGCGAGUUCAAGAAUUGCAAUGGAGAUCAGGAGUGCGAGAUGAUGCCCUAUCAUUGCAAUGGGGAACAGUGUCUGAAUGGAGGAACUUGCAUCAAUUUGCAAACCGGUUUCAAGUAAGAUUUGAUGUAUUAGAGAGUAUUGGGUCUAUUGAAAGGGUUUGUGUUUGUUUUUGGACAAUGAAAUUGGGAGAAAUUGGAUUUUUAUUAGAUUUUUGAGAAAGAAGUGCUUUUUUUAUGAAGAAAUGUCUCAAAUUUUGCAAAAAAGUUGUUGGAAUGGCUCUGAUUUGAAGAUUAUGGAGUGUAAGAGGAUUUUUGAUAUUAGACUUUGGUCGAAAGUUUUUGAAAAUGCGAUGAUAGAAGCUUUCCUUGUCAAAUUUUGACAAAAAACUCUCUAAAUCAUCGCAUUUUCAAAAAUUUUCGACCAAAGUCUAAUAUCCCAAAUCUUCUUGUACCCUAUACGCCUCAAAUUCGAGCCAUUCCAGCAACUUUUUUGCAAAAUUUGGGACAUUUCUUCAUAAAAAAAGCACUUUUUUCUCAAAAAUCUAAUAAAAAUCCAAUUUCUCCCAAUUUAAUUGUCCAAAAACAAACACAAAAAUUUUUGAAAAAUGGCUGGAAUUCGAAAUAAUCGUUCCGUAUUUUAGAUGUCACUGCCAAGACGGAUUCCUCGGUCAUCGUUGCGAACUCCAGAACUCAACUUCGGUCAGAAUUACCGCCGGCUCCGAGGAUUCGGACAAAAAAGGACCAGUUCUGGUAUACCUAGUGGGAGACUCGGAAUUGGUCCGAAGACAUGUUAAUGAGAUCCUCCAUACAAUGGAGACCUCGUUGCAAGUGGAAGUGAAAUUGGCAAAAGAUGGAGACAAAAAACCGAUGAUCUAUGAGUGGGACUCGGCCAAUGGACCCGGCCAAAGAAUUGAUGUGGACUUGAAAGCCGACAGCUAUAGUGAGAAGGAAAUGGAACAGGGUGGGUUCUGGAGUGUGAUUUUUAUAUUAAUUUAGGUUUUGGGGUGUUUUGGAGGGUUUUGAAAAUUUGAAAAUACACUGCUCCACGAAAUGAUAGACGCACCCAAUUUUUAGCGAUUAUCUUGCUUAUACUGAAUGAUAUCCAAAAAUGUUCAACAGACGAAAUGUGGCAAAUUAAACGAGAAUUCAUGUCCCGUAGCGAUUUCGGAACAAAAUUUUGCCUUGACUGAGAUAUGACGUUUUUAGACUUUUUUGGGGUCCACAGAAUGAUAGACGCAAUUAAGUAAUUUUUUGUUUAUUUAAAAGAAUUUUGAGUCAACCUGCUCUUAUUACACUUCCUCGUGUUCUUUGUAGUAUUAGUAAGGUAAUUACAUUUAUAUCCGCCGUACUUCAUCGACGCAGUGGCCUUAUGAGCCAUUUCCGACCUUGUACAUGAGGUAAAUAUUCGGUUUGAAAAAAAAAAUUGAUUAACGAUUUGGCUUUCGCCAAAAAACCAUCUUAAACCAUCAUAGAUUACUAGUAGCAAAUAUAAGACAUAAAAUAAACCAAUACCGAUUCGCUUGAAGUCAUUUAAUCGACCAUUAAGUUACCGUAUACCUUCUACAUUAACCUUCAAAGGCUCUAAAAGUACAGAAGAUUACUAUCGAUGGCAAUUUUUUGCUCAGAAAAUCAAACUCAGCAUGUUAACAAACCUAAAACCGCAACUUAUUGCCUGCUUAAAUGUCAUGAUUAUUGACAGAUGAUUGAUUAAAGAUAAACGUGUAAAAACAAGCCUAUUUUUGGUAACUUUUUUUUGUCAAACGACGUUACCGACCAAAUUUAUUCUGUAACGGCUGAUGAUUAAAACAUUACGUUUUCAGGCAUGCUCAGUUCGAAUUUGCAGAUUAAACUUUGUCAUUCUCUUUAUUCGCCUUGGUAUUUCGGGGGUCUAAAAGUAUUAAGGUAGCUACGUGUUGAAGAUGACAUGCCAAGAAAAUGCUCGGGAUCCUUGAGCAAGCCGUUUUUUUUUAUCAGUGAGAUCUACACGUAUAAUGUGAUAGUAUUAGCUAGUUUUUCGCCCAAGAAAACAGCAUAACCUACAGUUUUUUCAAACCGAAUAUUUACCUCAUGUACAAGGUCGGAAAUGGCUCAUAAGGCCACUGCGUCGAUGAAGUACGGCGGAUAUAAAUGUAGUUACCUUUCUAAUACUACAGAGAACACGAGGAAGUGUAAUAAGAGCUGGUUGACUCAAAAUUCUUUUAAAUAAACCAAAAAUUACUUAAUUGCGUCUAUCAUUUUGUGGACCCCCAAAAAGUCGAAAAUUGUCAUAUCUCAGUCAAGACAAAAUAUUGUUCCAAAAUUGCUACGGGACAUGAUUUCUCGUUUAAUUUGUCACAUUUCAUCUGUUGAACAUUAUUCGAUAUCAUUUAGUACAAGGAAGAUAAUCGCUAAAAACAGGGUGCGUCUAUCAUUUCGUGUAGCAGUGUAGUAUUUUUGGAAAAAAUUUUUUUUUUAAUUUUUUGGAAUUUUUGGCAAAAUUGCGAAUUUUAGGCUAGAGAAAGUUGAUAAAGUGUGAUUUUUGGGUUCUUGGGGGGUUUAGAAGGGUUUGAAAAUUUUAAAGUAGAAUUUUUGGAAAAAAUUUUUUUAAUUUUUUUGGAUUUUUUUAACCAAAAUUGGGAAUUUAGGCAUUAGGAAGACCAUGUUGGAGAUUUCUGAUAGGGUUUUGCUUGAUUUUUAAAAAAUGUUUGUUUUAAUUUUUUUUGAAAAAUUUAAAAUUUUGAUUUUUUUUUAUUUUUAAGACGUUUAAAGAGGUUUUCAGACCUAUUUUUAUAGAAUUUGUCAACUUAUAUGCCAUAAAAAUCUUUAAAAUUUCGUUUUUUUUUUUGUUUUUUUUUUUAUUUUCCCCGAUUUUCAGAUAAUGUGGUCCGAGGUGUGUUCAUGAUGCUGAAUGUGGACACUACCCACUGCAAGGCCUCGGAAACCCAAUGCCCGAAGAAUCUGGUCGAAGCCGCCAAAGCGCUGAUGAGCCCCACCACCCAGCGCGCCCUCCAACCGCUCGGAAUCCACGUGAAAGACGCGGAAGGCCCCCAAAAGCCGGAAUCCGCCCAAAAAGGCCUCUGGUUCACGGUGCUGGUGGUCGCCGGACUCUGCUCCCUCCUCAUCAUAUCCGCUGUGAACGUGUUGACCAACCUGAACAAGAAUAAAAAGGACCCGUUCACUGGGAUGAUCAAAAAAGGCUCGCUGAUCUAUCAUGCCAAUAGCAAGAGGAAUUCCAAGAGCUUUAGCGCCUCAACGUUCAUCCCACCAAUGGGUAGGUUGAUUUUUUGGGUUGGUUUUUUUGGUUUAGAGAGGUGUUGAUUCAAAGAAUUGAUUUUUUAGCUUGUUGCUGGGAUGAUUUUGAUCAAGGGAAAGACUUGACUCGAAAAUUCAUUUUUUGAGUCAAGUCUUUCUCUCAAAGAAAAAUGGGUUUUUAAGCGUGUUGUGGGUAUUGAAGAUGAGUUUUCGAUGAAAUUACAGUAUGAAUGGUCAUUUUUGCCGAGAGGAAGACUUGACACAUUUUUGAGUCAAGUGUUUUUCUCAAUGGAAAUGGAUAGUUUUUAUGGAUUUGCAAGUGAAAAGGAGUAAAAUAGCGUUAAUUAUUGCUUUUUCAUAGAUUUUUAUUUAAGUUUAAACCAAAAUUUGGCUAUGAAUUUAAAUUUUUUUGAGUUUUGUGAAUAUUAUUGCCUAAAAUUCAUAAUUUUUUCCAGAAAAACCUCUGAUCCCAACAGUCCAAGCCUACGACUAUCUCCAGAACCCUUCGUAUAUGCAAUUCGGAGGAUUUGGCCACCAAAAUUACGGCAUGAUCCCGUCGAAUUCGCAGUCGAGCCGCAUCGAGAAGCCGAGAAUCAUCACAGCCGACGAGACGAAAUUACUUCCGGAACGCGCAAGCGCCGCCGAUGACAUCCAUCGCUGGGCGAUUGAGCCAGGAACGAUUAAAAGCUUGCCAGAAGGCGCCCAGAUCAACCGUCCGGAUCAUGUUUGCAGGACGGCGCUUCAUUGGGUCGUUGAGAUCAAAGAAGAAGCCGAAUCCCUGAUUGAUGUCAACUUUUUGUAUCACAAGGGAGCUGAUUUGAAUGCAUUUGAUAUGGGUGGGUUGGUUUGGAAAGAUUUUUUGGGGUUGUCGGAAUAUUUUGGGAGUUGUGACAUUUCGUCAACAUAGUAUUGAUUUUUUUGAAAAUGGCAUUUUUGAGGUGGGUUGUGGAUUGGGAAGGGGGAAAAUGGAUUUUUGCUUCGUUUUGGGAUUUUUGAGUUUGUGACAUUUCGUCAACAUUUUAUUGAUUUUUUAAAAAUAUGGGAUUUUUUGAAUAUUUUUGUAAAAUUUGGUUUGUUGAUGGAGAUAGGAGUAGGUGAAGGUGUUUUUUCAUUUUGUGUUGUUUGGAAAAUGAAGUUUUUUUCUAGUUUUUAACGCCUUUUUUCAGGCGGAGACACCCCUCUAAUGUUGGCCGUCAAAACCUGGCGAAACGAGCUCGUCAUGGCACUCCUUGCCCUCGGCGCAGACCCCACACUCGUCAACACCCAAGGCGACACCGCCCUCCAUCUGGCCGUGCAGACGGGCAACGAACUGGCGGUUUCGAAUCUCCUCAAAUGCCCCGAUAUUGAUAUUGAGCUGGGAAAUGAGGUGGAAGACACCCCACUGAAGCUGUCCGCCAAAGUUGGAGGACCCUUUUAUGGCAUUGCCAGCAAGCUGAUCGACGCCGGAGCUCAGGUGGACGCGACUGGAGACGGAAAUAAAGUGAAUGGAUUGAAAAGAACCGCCCUUCAUGAAGCGUCCCUAAGUGGAUCCGAAAAAAUCAUGGAACUUUUGCUGAAGAAUGGCGCACAGGUUGAUGCAAAGGACUCAAAUGUAAGCUUUUUUUUGCAAUUAGGGGAUUUUUUUGAAAUUUUGGGAAUUUUGAGAAAAAAUUAAAAUUGAAAUGUAUAGUUGACUGAUUUUAUAGAUGAAUUUAUUUUUUAGAGAGACCUUUUGAUAUGAUCUUUGAGAUUUUUGGGAUUUUUUGAAAUUUGGAUGACGGAUUUAAAGUGUCAGCAUGACGCAUUUUUUGGAAAUUUUGCAAAAAAGAGUGGAUUUGAGGGAAAUUUGGAUAAAAAAGAGUGAAGGAAUGAGCUAUACUGUGAAAAAAAUGUUUUUGCAUGUCAUUAUGACGCAUUUUUUGAAGUGAGGAUGCCGAAUUUUUUGGAAAUUUUUGAAUUUUUGCCAAAUUUUGGGGAAUUUUGAGCGAAAAAUAAAAAAUUUAAAUGUAUAGUUGAGUGGAAAUGGUAAAAUAAAAAAAAUUUCCGGGUUGAAGUUUCUAAAAUACAAAAAAAAAAUCAAUUUUUGGAAAUUUUUUUAAUUUUUUUUUUUUUUUUUUUUUAUUGUAAAAUAUGCUGCGGUUUUUGGAGAUGGACAAAGCUACGGGAAGUCAAAAACAGAAGAAAUUUUGAGUUAACUGCAAAAAAAAUUUUUUGUUACCUAAAAUACGGCUAAUUUUUACAUUUUUAGCUCCAAACACCCCUCCAUUUGGCCGCCAGAAACAAACGACUGGAGUCGCUGAAGCUGCUGCUGAAGUGGAAUGCGAACAGAUCCUUCGAAGACAUUGACGGAUUCACCCCACUCAACCUGGCCGAACAGCAACUUUUCGACAUUGGAGUGAGGGAAUUGAUCGGCACCGCGGUCUCUUCUCCCGAAUCUCUGGACGGAAUUUCGACCACCCAGAGCGAGAAGAAACCCUUGAAUGGAACAAUGAAGAAGCCACAGGUGAGAAAUGGGAUUGUUGGGAUUUUUUUUUUUUUUUUUUUUUAUUGGAUAUUGUUUUAGACCUUUUUUUUGAGGGAAAUUUUGCUAAUUUGGAUUUUUUUUGGGAAUUUUUGAGCAAAAAACGGGAAAAUAGAACUGAAUGCAGGGUGAAAUAAAUGCUCUGGUUGCUGUAGAAGGACUAUUUUUGAUUUUUUUUUUGGGUUUUGGACCGUAUUUUAGAUGAUUUUUAAAAAUUUUGAAGAUUUGAAAAAAAUUUUUUUGACUAAAAAUGGAGGGAAGAAGGUGAUUAGAGGGUAAAAGAAGUCUUGAAUUGACUGUUGAAUAGGUUUGAAGCAGGUUUUUUGAAGGGUUGGACCUUAUUUUAGACCAUUUUUUUAGAAAUUUUUGAUGAUUUUUGAUGAUUUUGGAUUUUUUUUUUUUUUUUUUUAUUAUUUUUGACUAAAAGUUGAGACAAGAAGAGGGUUAGAGAUUAAAAUACGGAAGAUUGUUGUAGGGCAAGACAUUUGAAGGGGAUUUCUUUGCUAUUUUUCGUUGGUUUUGGACCUUAUUUUAGGUGAUUUUCGAAAAUUUUUUAUGAUUUUGGUCAAUUUUUUUGAUGAUUUUUGGAUGAAAAUAAGGUUAUAAAACAAUGUUUGGGGUAUGUGGCGUAUUUUACAAUUUUUAAAAGUGGUUUUUUACCAUUUUAUUUGAGGUUUUUUGACUUUUUUUCCUUAUUUUACCCCAAUUUUUUUAAAUUUUUCAGGCCAAGAGGAAAACCACGCACCAAUCGGACAGCCCCCCUCCGAAACUGGUCCACGUGCCCUCGUCGAUGCUCUCCCCGUCCUCGGAGCGCUGCACCCCACCGCAACAGGCCAACCCGUUCCAUCAACAGCCCACUUCCUCGCAUCACAAGCCGCUGAACUUGUGCCCGCAGGACCUGGGCCAAACCUACUGCGACUACAACCAAAAACUCUUCUACAGCUACCCCUCCACGAACAGCUCCAACUACAGCAGCCAGUCCGACUCGCCGGACAACUCCACGCAGCACCCGCACCUCCAUUUCGACCCCUUCAUCCCGAAGAAGUCGACCCAAAUCGGCCACUUUAUGAUCUGA